AUGUCCUUCUUCCUCGCCAACCUGUCCCUGAUGGACGUAUGCUUCGCCUCCACCACUGUCUCCAAGAUGCUGACCGACAUACGGACCGGCCUGGAUGAAUUCCUUCUGGCUGCGUUGGCCUAUGACCACUUCAUGGACAUCUGCCAAACCCUGGGCUGUGUCACAGCCAUAAGCUCCUGCUCCUCUGAUGAGAGCAGCCUAGGUGCAGUGUCAUAUGCAGCGGUGACCCCUCUGUUGGACCCCUUCAUCUACAGCCUUUGCAACCACGACCUUCACCAGGCCCUGCACACAUUCUUCUGCAAGAGGACUCCCUCUAUUAUGCAACAAUGUCAGAUCCAAGAGCAGAGGCGACACAGAAGGGAGAACGAGGAGAGGAAAUUAGGACUUAACAGAGAAGGCUGUCUGAGCCAGUUAUACUUUUUUCUUAUUCUUUCGGAUCUGGACAAUUUACUCCUGGCAGUGAUGGCUUACGACCGCUUCUUGGCCAUCUGCCGGCCAUUGGGAUACACCACGGCCAUGGGGUCCCGGUGCUGUUUCCUUCUGGUGGCCGCAUGUUGGGUCAUUACUAAUCUCGUUUCCCUGUUAGACACCAUCCUGGUGACAAAACUUUCCUUCUGUGCUGACCACACCAUUACUCACUUCUGUGACCUGGCCCCGUUACUGCAGCUGUCCUUCUCGGACACCUCCGUCAACAAGCUGGUGGUCCUGAUCGUGGUGGGGUCCUCCAUUUCAGUGCCCUUCACCUUUAUCCUGGUCUCCUACACCCACAUCGUCACUGCCGUCCUCAGGGUGCCCUCGGCCAGAGGAAGAUUCAAAGCCUUCUCCACCUUUGGCUCCCACCUGGCUGUGGUCUUUCUGUUCUAUGGGACCCUCAUUGCCGUCUACUUCUUGCCCUCGUCUAUGCAGUCCCCGCGAAGGACUCAGUGUCUGCGAAACUGCGACCUGCACCGGGUCAUGUACCAGGCUCUAUGCAACUGGGACGUGCUCCCAGCCCUAUAG